AUGGACCAAGCUCCCAGCUCCCCCGAAGCUCGAGAACGCGCCGUCUCUUCUGAGCCCUCCUCCACAAGGCCGAAUCCAUUUGACGACGGCGACUCUUCUCGGAAGCGGCGACGCACCUCCCUCUCGGGCUCGCGGAGCCUCUCCGUCGACACAGUACAAUCUCCACACGACGAACCCUCCAAUUCCUCCAUUCUCGCGAAACCACCUUCAGACGUCCAUGCCAGCGUAACCAUGGAUACCGACACAUCUACUCCCCAAACGCCCGACCGUAAGAUCAUGCUGAGUGUCGACGGCCCCGCAGAUCCUGGCUCUAGCCGUGUCACUAUCAACCUGCGUAACGCGAAUCCUUCAUCGUCCGAGUCCCCCACGCCGCGUAGCCUCGACGAUUCCCCCCUCCCUGGUGAUGUGAAGCUCAGCGUCGAGCUCCCCGAUCGCGAUAUGAAGGGCGAGCAUGUACUUGAAGAAGGUAACCAAGCUGCUGCAAGCUCGCCCGUUCCUGCGACCCCGAUCUCCUCGCUGUCCGAUGAUGAUGGCAGUCCCGACAUUGAGGUGAUAGAUGUUCCCGAUGAUGAUACGGACGCCGUUCUAGGAGAUGGUGAACCCGAGGUCUCCAUCAUUGGCGAGUCCAGGAACGCCCUUCAAGACCCCACCCUCGAUUUUCCAUACAAUGAUGGUGAACCUCUGAUCGAAACCGUCUCUCGCCUCGCAAACUACAUAUCUGGUCAGCACCAACUGGAGGAGAGCUUGUUCGAAUCCCUACAAACUUGGGCUGAUCUCUUUCUUCGGUGGGCCGAGACCGCUGGCUAUCACAUUGCCUACCAUUCCUGCUUGGAGAACGUUGGUCUCUGGCAAUCUUUCCCGGACCUAGUUUGGGCAACAUGCAACAGAGCUCUGGGGAGAGCCGCAACCCCGCGCCAUGCGGUAACUUCCUUCUAUCUUACCUUUGCCAAGCUGACAGGCUUCUUCAUCUUGUUGGAUUGCCAAACUUUGGCGAAUGCCAGCCAGCCGGGUGGGCCAGACAGUGGUCGAGUACCAGAAACGUUUUCGUAUGCCUUUCUCGCAGGCCUACACGGCCUCACGGGGAGGGAUGAACCCCGUAUACUGAACAACCUUGAGGCCCAGGCGGGAUGGCUUCGGCCGGACAUGAUUUCGGAGCUAGUACAGGGCUUUCAGACAAUGCCUGGCGGUUCUAUCCAAACUCUAACUAGGCUUGUCGAGUCCUACAUAAAGCUCAUGGAGAGGUUUCCGAGAUUUGUUGAUCAGCCUGCUGCCAUCUGUCAGGUUGUCUCUGACAUUGUUUGGGAAAGCAACCGACGCUUGCACUUUUCUGGCCUUCCCCAACUGGCCAUUGAUCAAUGUAAGCAACGCCUCCUCCAAGGACACAGGUUUUACCUAGUCGUAUCCCAGGCCCUCUCCGAGACGAUACAAAAGCUGGUGAACCACCUCUCUACGGAUGGUGCGAGCGGCCAAAUCAUCUCCCUGACGGAUAUCUAUCACUGUGCUCUACAUGGCGACCAUAAGAUGGCGACCGAGAUGCUCCUCGCACACCAUCAAAGCCAUCCAAACCUCCCGGCACACCUCACCCCCGGUGCGAUUGCUUGGGAAUGGAGGUUCAACAUGUUUGGGAAGCUGAUCAUGUCCGGCCAAAUGCAACUUCGCGUAUGGGCGGUUGGUCACAUGUGUAGCGACCUUGUCAUGUUCUGGAGACGGUGUGGUGAUGGCCAAGAUGACUUGACUCUGUUUCUCGCCUACUUCGCUGAAUAUCUGAUGCGGACAAAACUCGUUGAGUACAUUCUGGGCCCAACAUGCCACCCCGAGAUAACUCUCGAGAGCGGCAAUGUUGUUGGUUUCCUGCUUGUAACGAAGUUCUACCAAAAGGAACAGACGGACUUACUCUGGCAGACAAUCACUUCCAGCCAGGACCGCCGAGUAGCCGAUGCCUUGACCCGCAUGGCUGCUAACAUCAUGCAUCUUUGCGACCAAGAUCACCUCCUCUAUUUCUGCGAGAAGCUCGAACUUCUCCCCAUCGAGUCUUUUGACAAUGCUUCCAUCCGCCACUUUUGUGAGCAGGUGUUUAAGCAACUCAUGGCAAAAUUCCAGGGCGAACGCCAACUCUUAAACUUCCUUCCCUAUGAACUGUGUCUCCGGCUUCUCCGAGAAUCGUCAGUCUGCUCAGCUCAAUCGCAGAUUGCGUAUCCCGAGAUCCAGGCCUUCGCAACUCAGAAACUCCGUGAACUACACCAAUACGGACCGGACCGUGAGGGCCGCCGGCGAUUGUAUCUGACUUGCAUCGAAGACAUUGCUGCGAAGUCACCUACCACCCUCGGAAGCCUGUGUGGGUUGUUCAUCUCAAUCCGCCAUGCCCUAGGCGCGGAGCUCCAGGUCUUGAUCGCCGAGCACAAUCUUAACAGCCUCCUUGUCGAUGAGUUAGAGCACGCCAUAUCUCUCUGCAAUCAGACCAAUGGCCUUUACGUCUUGACUGGAGCUAGCAAUACGCCUCGCCGAGAUUUCAUUUAUAGUCUAAUUUGCCAUGAUCCCGACUCCUUGACGGCCGAACUCGGGAAGAGACUUUGGGAUAUGAUGGUCGGCCCGAACUCUGCAUCCGUAGAAGAUCGAGUUUCCGGAUGGCACAUUCUCAAUGACGCUGCUUCACAGGCCGGUUUCGAUACUUCCUUCAUGUCGAGCUGCCUCUCAAUCCACUUCCCAACUCUGCCGGCUCAUUGUUUCAGCGAAGGGGCGUUGCGUUUCCUUAAGGACGAAAUCGUCCCUCGCAUCAACAACAACCUGAUCACGCUUGACAAUGAUGAGAGCGUCGCAAGCAGUGGGAUCGAAGAACUCUGGCGAAUGAUUCUAACCGCGCCUGACCAGGCCGUUUCUGACGCCGCCAUCGACGUUUUAGUGAGGGAUAUCUAUAUCGAUAGCAAGGCUAUCCUGGAUUACCCGCACUAUCGUGCCCGGAAAGUUCAUCUUGGACUUGUGAACCGUUGUUUGGAUCAAUUACGCGACGCUGCGAAGAAACUUACGUCCUUCACCGAUGGCACAACUAGCGGCGAUGACGAGUCCAUGGUCAUCGUGGCGACGGACACCCAAGUAUUAGAGCAGGAGCGCAUGUUCGUCCGCUCACUGGCCGUAUUGCGACAGUUCCUCCAGGCCCACCAAUCUAAGGCUCACUUUGCAACAGCCGAUCUUCGACCGCUCAUGCCUCCCUCCCCAACUAUGGUUGUGGGAGAGUCAGCAGAACUCAAGUAUCAGUCAUUUGACGGUGAUAAACAGACGGAAGUUCAGCCCCUGAACAUCGGCCGCCAGAAUACUGCGGCCUCUUUACUGGCUAGCCUGCGGGAGGCGACGGGGUUCGAAAAUUAUCGGAUCUAUUACAAAGGAAAAGUCUUCAUACCGGAUGAGACUAAGAUUUGCAAAUCCUUAGAAGACUUGAGCAUCCAUGAUGGUCUGAUUCUGGUCAAACGUGAAGAAGACGGCGCGCCUCCAUCUUCGAGGAUGCGGCCAGGGGCAUCUCCUCUUGAGAUUGCCAUCCUCUCCCACUUUGAAGAGCUCUGGGGCUACCUAAGUUUGGAAGAGAAGUUUGCGCAGGAGAUCUACCAAUUUCUCAUCAAACUCCCUGCGGAUAGUCACAUCCUGGAAGUCCUUGACUCGAGUUCAACUCCAUAUCUCGACGUGUUCCCUCUCGGACAGCCGUUCAAGUGUCUCUAUGCUCUCUACGCUCUCGUCGAGUACACAGAUGCGGCGAGGCGCAAGACUAUAACGGCAUUGCCCAGUUUUGAAGAUGACGCAUCCUCUAAUGAUGGCUAUCGAGAAGCUAUGGAGAGAGCCGUGAUGCUAAACUUUGCAGCGGUUGCCGACCCCGAUGUCAUUGAAAAAUGUCCCACCGGACACUUGAAGUCCCAACUAAGCCUGCAGCUGAUGACAAGCCUCGUUGAUCUUCUCUCGUCGUGGCGGACGACAGUAACGAGUGACGAGAUGGACUGGUUUGAAAAGGCACCGCCUUUACUCCGUCUUUUAACAAUUCUUCGAGAUGCUAUAUCUAAACCAAGUGAUGAAAACUCCCUUCGACUAAUCCCCACAACAUUCACUGCCAUCCUUCUGCUAUGUGCUGUUAGCGCUGGAUAUUGGGAUGGUCUGACGAAGACAGACGCUUUUGGAUUGCUCACUCAGGAUCUCCUCCUUCACCCUAAAUUCGUUAUUAGGGAAAAGAUUAGCAAGGUCAUAAAGAACGCUUGCAUGGAUCAGAAUAGUCGCCUCAACGUCAAGAUGGCCGAGUUUCUUUGGCCCUACGUCUCCGGCAUUGUUCCAAAGCUGGUCGAGCACCCCGCUUCUUGCAACGAAGGGUUUGAUCUAAUUGAAUUCCUAAUCCUCAAGCUCUUACCAAAACUGUCUCCUGUCCUCGACUUGGCGCAGCUUGCGGAGCAGUCUUGCACUUUGCUUCUCGACCUUCAUUCGUCCGAGGAUAUAUGCGAUCCCGAUCCAGAUGAUUACGUCGUCGGGGGGCUUGUGAAGCUUCUGCACUGCUGCAUCGAGCUUGACAGCUCAAUUGCCGACCCAAGCAGCAUGUUGUUUAGGCGUGGGACCGCAAGGGACUUGCUCUGGCGUUUCCUCUUCCCAGUGUCUAAGGAACUCGACGAGGCGCCCUCAACUGUUCUCUUGAAUCGUAAUAGCAGAGAAAGGCUAUAUAACAUUAUCUUUGAUCUCGUCAAGAGGGAUGAACAGCAAUUCAAAUGGCUGCUAGAAGACCUUCGGCAGUUGGUCCCGUUUGAUAAGGAUGAGGACGAACCGUAUCACUACGAGCUUCCCUUGCAGUUCGAGCGCUCGAAGGCUAUCCGCUCCCCUUGCGGCUAUGUCGGAUUGCGUAACCUUUCUAACACUUGUUACCUGAACUCGCUGUUCACUCAACUCUUCAUGAAUACGGAUUUUCGGCGGUUCAUUCUGGGCGCUACAGUCAGGGACGGAGCGAAUCAGAAGUUGCUCCACCAAACGCAGAAGUUAUUUGCCUUCAUGCAGGAAAGUAUUCGACGUUUCGUUGAUCCGUACCUCGUCGUGGGCUGCAUAAAAACGUAUGACGACACUUUGAUCGAUAUUCACAAUCAGAUGGACGUGGACGAGUUUUACAGUCUUCUUUUCGACCGCUGGGAAUCGCAGCUUUUGAAUGCGGACGACAGAAAGAUACUCCGCUCCUUCUACGGUGGGCAGCUCGUGCAACAGGUCAAGUCUAACGAGUGCGAGCAUGUCUCGGAGCGGCUCGAGCCUUUUUCCGCAAUUCAAUGUGACAUCAAAGGGAAGGGUACCCUGCAGGACAGCCUUCAAGCCUACGUUGGGGGAGAGAUUAUGGAAGGCGACAACAAGUAUAAAUGCUCGACUUGUGACAAACAUGUCGAUGCUGUCAAGCGGGCUUGCUUGAAGGACAUUCCCGAUAACCUUAUUUUCCACCUCAAGAGGUUCGACUUUAACCUGAGAACGAUGCAACGCAGCAAGAUCAACGAUUACUUUUCGUUUCCGACCAAGAUCGACAUGCGGCCAUACACGAUCGACUACUUGGCUGAUCCCGAAUCUCCCGGCCCCGAAGAUAUUUUUGAGCUCGUCGGCAUUCUCGUGCAUUCUGGCACUGCAGAAUCUGGCCACUACUAUUCCUACAUCCGUGAACGCCCGUCGUCCGGCAGUGGCGAAACGUGGAUCGAGUUUAACGACGACCUUGUGAGCUCGUGGGAUCCAGAAACGAUGGAGUCCUCGACUUUCGGUGGGCCGGAUUUCCGGUACGAUAACAAUGGUAUCGUCUAUGACAAGAACUACAGUGCCUACAUGCUCUUCUACCAGCGAUCCGGCAAACUGCAAGUCGACGAAAAGAGCCUGGCAGUUCCGCUGAAAGUGGAUAUUCCUGCAGAGAUUCUGGAUCACAUCCGGAACGAAAAUACGUAUAUUCUUCGACGGCACUGCCUCUUCGAUCCCAACCAUGCCACAUUUGUUCGUCGAAUUUUCGAGCAAUGCAUAAAUCGCGGCAAGACGUGCUCCGAGGAACAUAAGGUGGAAAAAAUUGCGAUGCACACCGCUCUGGGACACCUCGACCAGGUGGUUAGCAGGACAAAGGACGUUCCAGACUUUGCCCAGUACUAUGAAAUUCUCAAUGGCGCAGUGCUCAAAUGCGCUCGCUGUGCGCUUUGCCUCUUCAAGUAUUUCAGGGACCGACACGAGUCUUUCCGGAUAUUAAUUCAGAGAAACCCAGAGCCGUUGGUCCGAGCGGAUUGCGGCGAACUUUUGAUAACGGCGAUCGCCAAAAUCAAGCAAGAAUUCCCCGAGGUAUACGGCGUAACGGAGAAUGCGUUGGAUCGGGACAACUUGGAAGGGUGGUACCACACACAGGAGUCCGUGGUGGCCCAGGUGCCACUCCUCUUCGACACACUCUGGCUGACAUUCCAGAUUCAUCUGCGAUCCUGGAACGAGGUGUUCGGAACCAUGUUGAGAUUUGCCAGGUUCGGAGAGCUUGAGACGGUAAUGCUCCUCAAUAGCGAUUUCCUGUCGAGACUGCUUCGCAUCAUCCAAGCCGACUCGUCGUUGGACCUCGCGCCUAAUUAUCAGAGGAUGAUGACGAACGUGCUUAGGCGGGGUCUCAACAGGCCACCCAGCUAUGAGACCAUCAUUACCCUCGCGGACCAUUUGAUGUCUGCCUUGCACCCUGUCCUUAGCCCAGAUACCAUCGUGGAGAAGGCAGAGGACCGACUCCUAAUGUACCUUCACGGAGAGACCACCCCUCCGUGGACGUCAGUCGAAGUGUUUACCGUUCACCAAGAAUGGGCAACAACUCCCGGAAACAGCAUUUUUCUGAGCAAACUUAUUGAGAUCAACCAAGCCCCAAAAGCCACCGACAACAUAAUCGAGAGGCUUGUGCAAGCAAAUCGACAACUGGAUCUUAAGGUGUUCCAAACUCUACGCUCCAACAUAACCGGGCAAAUGCUGCAAGGACAUUACAACGGCCCUUACCUGAGAGCGGCGGUGACAUACUGCAAGUCUGGUGAGGAUGACGAGAUGAUCCUGCGUAUGCUCGUGCACAUCGCGGCGCAGUGCCGACAGCUGAACAACACAGAAGGGCGAGCCUUUUUAGACUUCUUCCAGAGUCUGUACGCCCCUCCCGGACCGAACGCUACUCUCUCUGCCUGGUCCAUCUUUUUCAAUAUGACGGCGCAAAUCCCCAAAUGGACUCCGUAUCUACUCGGUUACUACGACGGAGAAGUGAGAUGGCAGACGGAAGAGUUCAUCCAGAAAGCCAUUUUCGACUGGGGCACUUCGCCAACCUUUGGCGAGGAAGCAGGCGGGGAGAGGCGAAAGGAGGUGCUCGUCUCAGCGGCGCGAGAGAUGGGCUUCAACUCCCUCAUCUACCUCCGCGACCACUUUAUCCAGCGCCGAGUGCAUGUGGCGCGAGAUAUGGUCCUCCCGCUACAGCGAGCUGUGGCUCGGGCGUCGGCGUAUUUUAACAUCGAGCCGGAGGAGGGUAGCCCUGACCAGGAAUUUGCGCAGUUGAGCCAAACGGUGCUCGAAGCGAUGAAACGAAUCACCGUGGACGAGCUGGAGGAGGAUGGAUCAGAGUGGGAUAAUUCUUGCGGAUCCUCUGCCGGGGACAUUGAAGCCUUUGACACAUUGGGGGACGCGGAUCUCCAGUAG